GGUUAACCUCUGUUGGAAAAAAACCGUAGUUCGGCCAGAGCUAACUCGCUUAUCUGUCGGCGAAGCUGCGCUCACGCUGCUCAGUCUGCAGCGGCGGGUGCGCGAAGGAGGCUGUCUGUCACUCCACUCCGUUUUUACCGGUCCACUGACAUCAUCACAAACAAAACAAAAUGUCGAACCCUACAAUCCGGGACUUCUACAAGGGUCGAAAUAUCCUGGUGACGGGAGGUACUGGGUUCAUGGGCAAAGUGCUCAUUGAAAAGCUUCUGUACUCCAUCCCUGACAUUGGCAACAUCUACAUACUCAUGAGACCUAAGAGAGGAAAGUCUGUCGAUCAAAGAAUAGAAGAUAUGCAGCGGUUGAAGCUUUUCGAAAGAAUACGGACUGAAAGACCGGACGCCUUAAAGAAGAUGAAGGCACUACAGGGUGAUGUUUUAUUCGAAAAAUUGGGACUGUCAGAAUCUGACAUAGAAUUGUUGUCUAACGAAGUAUCGGUGGUGUUCCACUUCGCCGCGACCUUAAAAUUGGAGGCUCCCUUAAAAGACAAUGUCAAUAUGAAUACUUGUGGUACUCAAAGAGCAUUGGACAUUGUCAAGAAGUUCAAGAAACUUGAUGUCUUCGUUCACCUUUCGACGGCUUUCUGUUACCCAGACUACGAAGUAUUGGGCGAGAGAUGCUUUGCUCCACCAAUCAAACCAGAGAACGUGAUGAAACUGAUUCAGUGGCUGGACGACAAACAGCUGGCUUUGUUGACUCCCUCGAUGCUCGGUCCGCAUCCCAACUGCUACACGUUUUCCAAGCGACUCGCAGAAUCUAUUGUUGAACAAGCAUAUGCCGAGUUGCCAGUUGUCAUCGCACGACCUAGUAUUGUAUGUCCUUCGCUAAAGGAUCCUGUGCCAGGUUGGGUGGACAACCUGAAUGGGCCAAUCGGCCUGAUGCUGGGCGCUGGAAAGGGAGUUAUUAGAACUAUGCUCUGCGAUGGAUCUCUUAUUGCCCAAGUUUGUCCAGUCGACAUCGCCAUUAACGGUAUCAUAGCUAUAGGAAUGAUUGAAGGAAAUAGGAAAGAAAAACCUACAUCACUGCCAGUAUACAAUGUGAACAACGGUCAUCAGAAACCCACUACAUGGGGUGAAGUGCUCCAAAUAGCUAAGGACUAUGGUCGAAAGUUCCCCUUAUCCUGGCCACUCUGGUAUCCUAACGGAGACAUCACCACGAAUGCUGUGCUGCAUGAGUACCGAAGGAUCUUCUACCAUCUAGUUCCUGCCUAUCUGAUCGAUUUUCUCCUGUUUGUGCUCGGACAGAAGAGGAUAAUGAUACGAAUCCAAGAAAGAAUAUCCAAUGGUUUGGAAGUGUUGCAAUACUUCACAAUGCGACCGUGGAACUUCCCGUGUCCUAACUACGAUGCGAUCAAGGACAAACUGAAUCCAGAAGAGCAGGAGAUCUACAACACUGACAUUACGGAGGCGGAUCGCGAGGUGUAUUUGAUGAAUUGCGUGGAAGGAGGUCGAGUGUACUGCUUCAAGGAAGACCCGACAAAAGUGCCCUACAACAGGAUUUAUCAUCGUUUCCUGUACUUCCUGGAUUGGUUUGUCAAGAUCAUGUUCUGGCUCUUUGUUUUAUCUUUCCUUGCAUCCUGGUUCGAGCCUAUCAAAGCAGUCUUUUCUUAUGGAGAACCUAUUGUGAAACACCUGCCUUUCUUGGGCAAGGCUGUCUGUCAAGUUGAAGAACUAUGAAGUUACUGAACCUUUCUUGUGUGGUGAAGGACCUAAGCAAUAAACAUAUCGUGGAAGAAAGAAUCUCAUAUCUUAGAAAAUCUAAUUAUCAAACAUUUUCGUAGAGAAUUGUUUACCGUCUAUCUAUCUCUUAAUAUAGUCAAAUAUUAUAUCAAUGGGCGUGAUGGUGUUAUAGUGUUUUAAGUUAUAAAGAAGCAUAAAAAUGUAGGUAUAGAUAAGCUUCAGAUCACUUUUGGUGAAAAACUGGCAGUACCUAAGUUUAACCCGAUAACCGCUAUGAAGGGAACGCUAGAUUCAAAAUUUCUAUAGUAAAAUAAUUUUAUUAUAACCAAGCCUUAUUAUAAAUGUAUAGUGUGCAAAUUGGCAAACUGGUUGAAAUGUUUUAAAGAUACUUAACUACUAGUACCUACUUCUGGUGGCUUAACCGAUUCCGUGCGGAAGUCUUUUUAGCAAUCUUUAGUGCCUGGCGUCAAACAAAAAUUCUGUGAUGCCUCUGAGGCACCAAGCGCCAGAAAGUUUGAUGAUUCCCCUGGGGAAUCAUCCGCCAUGAAUUGUCACUUUUAGCUUGUUUUCGUGUUUCUAUUUGCUAAAAUAAUCAUUUGACAUUGUGUAUCUAACGUAGGCAGUCAGUAAAUUCGUUCAGUGCGUUUAAAAGUGACGAUCUGUGUGUUUUUAUGGAAAUUGAAGGUAAGUGACUAAUUUAUAUUAGGGGUCGUAAACCUUUUUGCAUUAUUUCAUGGAUUUAUUUAUUCAAGUGUUGUAAAGAAUUUAUACACGUACCACUUGAGUAUGAAAAACACAGCGCAGUAAAAAAGCACAGUUAGUAUGAAAAACUAGCGGGACAAAAUUAUUUUGUACCAAUACCAGAGCAAAGCAGCUUGUCUUGAUUCUUUGGCGUUAGAAGGAUCAUUUAAGACAUGUCCUAAAUUGACUUUUGUCCGACUAGUUUAUCAAAAUAUUAUACUGUGCGCCGGCGCAAACAAUUAUGAACGGCGUAGUUUUAAACAAUAAUCAACCGUAUACGCAAGGAAAUACGGUACUUCGUAGGCGAAGGGCCGGCGAACAGCGCACUCUUUGUACGUUUUUAGGCAACAAUGAACCUUAUGACAAAAGCAUUUGAUUUUUGAGAAACAUUCCAGAAAGUGGGCUGUUAGAAUUAUAAUCAAUAAUAAAAUGUGUCGGCAACUUGGUUUACAACCCCUGAUGUCAGCUAAUUUGCGAAAUUACUUAAAACGAACACUGUGGGCAUGAUAAGGGUGACAAAUAAAGACACUUUUAUUUAGGGGGCACUUUUGACGAAUGUCGUUUAAGCCGAGUUUUGUAUGAUUUAGUUUUGUAUCCUCUCGGGCACCAUACGCCAUACGCAAUAGAUUUACAUGGUGCCUGUGCGGCAUCAUCCGCACGGAAACGGCUAUCCUAUACAUCUACUGCUGAGCAGGCCGAAACAGUUAGCCAAUUUAUAGAUACCACCUCAAUGGUAUAAAAAAUAAAGGGUCAACCUAACUUCA